AUUUACCGGCUUUACAUGGUUUGGGGAAGAUAUGUUCGCUUGCUUCUGCCUGCUGUAAUCUUUUUAUUAGGAAGCACUGCUUGUGGAACGAUGGCGCUUGUUGAUGCAGCACGUGUAUCGCCUACUACAUUAAUCUUUAUACCAAAACUUAAGCAAUGGAUUGUAUCCUUCUUCUCUCUCACUCUUUUUACAAACCUUACUUGCACGGCACUCAUAGCAUUUAAAAUCUGGUGGACUGGACGUCAGCUGCAGAGUGUCAGUCCACAGCGAGUACACUCACCAGUUCUUGCUAUUGUCGUUGAAUCUGGCAUGGUGUACUCGACGGCACUCAUAUCACUAAUGGCAGCAUAUGUCAGUGGAUCUUGGGGCCAUUAUGUUAUCCUUGACAUGAUGGCGCAAAUAAUAGUAAGUCGCCAGGAAAGCCAAAGUUUGCCGUUCUAA